GUUCAACUGUCCACUGGAUCGUCCAUCGGAUCACAGAGGAGGUGGUGGCCAUUCGCCACCAGGUCAUCCACCUCCCUAAAACCCCUGAAGACCUGGAGGUAGUGUCCCGUGGGUUUGCAGGGCUGGCAGGUCACAGAGCCUUCCUGAAAGCAGCAGGUGCAAUCGACGGCUGCCACAUUCGCAUCAAGCCUCCAAGCGGCCCUGAUGGUCAGUGCUACAGGAACAGGAAACUGUUCCCCUCCAUCAUCCUCCAGGUAGUUUGUGACCAUCAGGGCCGCUUCAUCGACACGUACGUGGGCUGGCCUGGGUCGGUGCACGAUUCCAGGGUGCUCCGCCACAGCCCACUGUACCGGCAGUCUGUCUACCCACCUCCAGGGCAUUUCAUCCUCGCAGAUGGAGGGUACCCAUGCCUCCAACGUCCACUACCCCUCAUCACACCCUACAAAACGGCCAGUGCAAGGUGCGGGAGUCCAGCGCUUCAACAGCCAUCAUUCCAAGGCACGCUGUAUUAUAGAGCGUGCCUUUGGGAUGAUGAAGACCAGGUUCAGGGCCAUCUUCCUGCAAGCGCUGGAGGUGCACCACACCUUUGUACCUCAUGUCAUCACUGCUUGCACCAUUCUCCACAACAUCUGUCUCAGUGCUGGUGACAUCGUGGCCCCGGAGGAUGAGCCUGAGGAAGAUGGAGMGGAGGYUGAGGGGGAGGCUGGCUUGGAGGCAGUCAGCGGUGCUCGCUGGCGGGACCAGCUGUCUGCUGAGGUGUCUGCCCUGGAGGAGGUACCAGCAGACCACGACUACUGCUAAAAAGCAAGUAAUUUAUCAAAAUAUCUUUAUUAUUUAAAAUGCACUGUUCUUUUGUACUAUAAUAUGAAUGGAAACCUAUUAAUAUUAUCUCUGUCUCUCUUAGCUUAUUUUGUUAUAUGUCUUAGUGAUGAGGCAGCCGUGGACUGAGCCAGCCCUGCAAACCCUGUUGUUGGACGAUUCAGUGGACAG